AUGGCAAACUCCGAAGUCAGGACGGCCUUCCCCGAUCGCCCCCAGUUCUCCGGGUUCAUGAAGCCUUGUCGGAUGGAAGGGGAGGUGUCCCGAUUGGAGAUUCUGGGAGAACUCCCCAAGGAGAUCGACGGGGUGUUCUACCGCGUGAUGCCCGAUCCGCAACUGCCUCCAUUUAUUGAGAAUGACCCGUGGUUCAAUGGCGAUGGCAACGUGUCCGCCUUUCGGUUCAAGGACGGCAAGGUCUCGUACAAGCAGCGCUAUGUGCGGACCGAGAAGUUCGUGCGCGAGCGAGAGGCGGGACGAGCUUUGAUCGCGUCGCAGCACGGAAUCUAUCUUGAUCUCAACCUAAUCCCAUCCAAACUGCCAGGCAAAUACCGCAACAAAUUCACCGACGCAGUGGAAUUCCAAGUCCGCAGCACCGCCAACACGAACAUCGUCCACUUCAACGGGCAGCUACUCGCCCUGAAGGAGGACUCACCCCCGUACGCCAUGGACCCAAUCACCCUAGCGACCAAGGGCCUCUACGACUUCGAGGGCCAGCUCCCCAGCGUGACCUUCACCGCACAUCCCAAAUUGGAUCCCCGGACGGACGAGAUGGUCUGCUUCGGGUACGAGGCGCGCGGGGACGGCACGCCGGACGUGUGCUACUACAGCAUUAGCCCGGAUGGACGAUUCACCGAGACGGUGUGGCUGGUGGCGCCCGUGGUGGCGAUGAUCCACGACUUCGCCGUCACCGAGAAUUGGGUGGUCUUCCCGCUGAUCCCGCAGCUGUGCGACCUGGAGCGGAUGCAGCAGGGCGGCGAGCACUGGGAAUGGAGCCCGGAGACCCCGCUGUACCUGGGGGUGCUGCCGCGGCGGGGCGCGCAACCCGCCGACGUGAGGUGGUUCCGCUACCGGAAUGCCUUCCCGGGCCACGUCGCCAACGCCUUCGAGGACCCCGACGACGGCAGGCUGCACGUCGACCUGGGCCUCAGCGAGAAGAACGUCUUCUUCUGGUGGCCCGACGCCGCCGGGAACGCCCCGGAGCCCAGCACUAUCUCCUCGCAGCUCGUGCGCUUCACCAUCAACCCUUCCACUGCCACUGGGUCUGAUGUAAACCUCGACCUCCCCGCCCCGCGCAUCCUUCAGGCCGACAACUCGGAAUUCUACCGCAUCGACGACCGCUUCGCCAUGCAAGCCUACCGCCACUGCUUCUUCGAUCUGAUGGACCCCGCCCGCGGCACCGACUUCGCGCGCAUCGGCCCCAAGCUCGGCGGCGGCGCCCCCUUGUACAACUCGCUGGCGCACUAUGAUAACCACACCGGCAAGACGGAGGUGUACUUCCCUGGGCCCGUGCAUAUGGUCCAGGAGCCCGUGUUUAUUCCGCGCGAGGGGUCGAUCGUCGAGGGGGAUGGGUAUGUGUUGGCCCUGGUCAGCAACUAUGAUACCAUGGCUAGUGAGCUGCAUCUCCUCGAUACCGAGGAUUUCACGCGCGCCAAGGCCAAGAUCUUGCUCCCUGUGCGGCUGCGCCAGGGCUUGCAUGGGAGCUGGGUUGAUGGCAAGGAUGUUCCGUUGCCGGUGGCGUAGGGUUGGGAAAUUGGUUGUGGAGGAGGUCUUGUAUUGUG